UGCAAGCAGCUGGCAGCAGCAGGAAUUCUUUUUCUUCUUGCAGUUCACGUUCUGAAAACAAUCCGAAGGAACGAAGACUGGAAGUCGGAGUUUUCACUGUAUAGUUCUGCUCUGUCUGUAAAUCAGAGAAAUGCAAAACUGUACAACAACAUGGGACAUGUGUUGGAGGCUUUAGAGAGGCACGAAGAAGCCCUUAAACACUACGAAGAAGCUAUCAGAAUUCAAGGAGAUGAUGUUCGUGGUUAUCUUAAUAUGGGUCGUGUUCUUACGCAUCUUCGGAGGUAUGAAGAAGCAGAAGGAAUUUACUUGCAAGCCAAGGCUUUGUUUCCUGGGCCUGCCGAGACAAAAGAACGUGAAGUGAGGGUCACUCCAAAUCAUUUGCAGUUGUUCCUCAACUUGGCUUUCCUUAUCUCUCGCAACGACAGCAGAUUGGAAGAAGCGGAUGCGCUUUAUCGCGAAGCUAUCACUUUAAGGUCAGACUUCACUAACGCCUAUUUGAACCGAGGAGAUGUAUUGCUGAAGAUGAACAGGACGAAGGAAGCCGAGGCAAUGUAUCAGAGAGCGUUGGAGUUUGAUGAUUCUAAUCCAGAUCUCUACUUCAACCUAGGUGUCGUGUUGAUGGAUCAAGGAAGAAAUGUGGAAGCACUCGAACUCUUCAACAAGGCUUUGGAUAUUGAACCAGAUCAUGAGAAGUCUCUGGAAUUCUCUGCCGUUCUAAUUCACGAAUCUGGUAUGUCUAGGCACAGGAACUUGGCAAGAGACAGAUUAGAAAGAAUCAUCGACAGGGGAAAAGAAACAGAAAGAGUGUAUAUAAGCUUGGGUCUGAUGGCGCUGGAGAGCAAGGAUUUCCAAAGUGCUGAAAGAUGUUUUCGAAAAGCUCUUUUAAAGAAACCAGCCUCCCGGGAGGCGCUGUUCAACUUGGCCUUGCUACUGUCGGAGCAGCAUAGACAGACAGAAGCGUUGUCCUUCCUCGACCAACUGUUACGACAUCAUCCAGGUCACAUCAAUGGGCUCAUCCUAUUCGCUGAUAUCAAUGUCAAUCACCUGAAGAACCUGGACGUCGCAGAGGAGUGCUACAGCAGGGUCUUGAAGAUAGACUCUACGAAUCAGAAGGCCCUCCAUAACCUGUGCGUCCUCCAUUUUGAACGUCAAGAUUUUGCAAUGGCAGAGCGGUGUCUAGCUCAUACUUUGGCCUUGCAUCCUAGUGUUCCCUACAUACGACAACACUUGCAAGUCGUCAGAAACAUUCUGAAGCAAGGUCCUGAUAGAGGUUUUGGACAUUUGGCUGCCUCUCAUCCAGUCAGCUGACCGGUGCAUAACAGAUGGAUACCUCGAGAGCUUUCUAUGAGUGAAAUAACCUCCUGCCUUUCACGGAACAUUUCCUCGAGAGACAGGUGAAAUAUUCCGCUCCGUCCGCUUCCAGGCGAAUUUUAGGCAAAUAAUGUCUUUAUCUAAGCAAACAUCAACUCUUUACUUGUGACAAAGAGGUUCCGUUACCUCUUCCAUCAAAUCUGUUUACUAAUUCACGUUGAAAGCUCCAACAGUUUUUGAAAAAUGAACAUGCAUUGAACAAUUUUAAAGGAAUGUACCAGUAUUUUCUUGUACAAAGCUAGCUGGAAUGGUGGACCUUUCGAGGAUAAAAACCUGUAUCUAGCAAGGAUUAUUAACUAUGUACGAAGAUUAACAUAAUAUUUCUUUCACUGAAUUAUUUUACUCAUAAGUGUUAAGUCUUCGGAGCUGAAGAAUCAUUCAAUUGAUAUAUUUAAUAUCCCAGCCUUCUUGCAAGUCUUAGUUGCCACGCAUUCUCUACAAAGCAUCAUAUGAUUUUCACUAUCCCAUGACAUGGUGUAUGUUUCUAAAAUAAAUUGAAUUUAUUCUAUUAUUAAUUAAUAUAUGACGCUUUUAAAUUUGCUGAAGCAAAAUUUUUCUAAAAGAUGAUCAUCUAGCGCAUUCUUCUGUAAUAAAGCAGCUAUCAGAGGGGUUUUAAUUAUGCUUUUUCUUCAUUGUCAAAGAUGUUUGAACGGUUUUCAGACUUUCUGAUGUUUUACCAUAUCAAAACCUAGCGGAAAACAGAAAUAUAUUCAUUCAUAACAUGACGUAAUCUACGAAGAAACUACGCAUUUCUUAACUAAAAUCUAUUGAUGAAAUCCAAAUAAUAGUUUAUCCUUUUUCUGACAAUAAUUGUUCUACAGCAUGAUGAAUAACCUCCGUGAUGCCUCUGUGUCAACAGUCAUUCUAUAGUUAAUAGCACUAUUGUGUAAAUAUUAAAAAUAUCACUCUCGUAAGGAUUCUACAUUCUGAAGGUGCAUUUAGCAACUGGAACAUCUUUAUCAUUCACGUGCAUGUGUGUUGUAGUGGUCCAAGCAAUUUAUUUACUAAUUCUCACAUUAUUAAUCAACAACACAAAUAAACACUGUAAUUACAUUCUACAAGUCUUUGAACUGCACAAUGUACAGUGAUGGCUGCUCGGUAUUUAUGAACUCUUGACAUUUCCUUCAAAUUCUACGGAAUCGGUCAUCAAGAAACUGUACGAACUGUUAUAAUAUGUGCCGAAAACUUUCAACCACUGGCUUUUUUUAAUGUUGAAAGAUCGAACAUUCUUCCUAUUCUCUUCAACAUUAAAGAGUCCCAUAUCUAUGAAGAUUUAUGCUAAGAUUUCUUUUUAUUAUCUUGAUAAAUAUAGUUGAUCGUUUUAAUGCCUAUUCCUUGGUGUUCGCAAGCUACUGGAACCAUGAACGGCAUGUAAGAAUAUAGCUUUUUGUCCCUUUCCCUUUACGACUGGCCUAUCUAGCGAUGUUCCAUCCACUCAGUGAGUUCUUCUGGUCCUAUUUGGGUGUGAAAAUGCUUGUCCUCUGAAGUGUACGCUUCCAAUUUGAAUCAUAAGUACUUCAUCUCAUGCUGCACAGCCUUAUAUGAUAAUUCCAUUAUCUUGCCGAAUGAUUAUGAGUGAAAUAUUUUAGAAAGACGAUUGUGUAUUCUCCAAGUUUGGUAUGUUCUAAAAAAGCUUUGUGCUACGUGUCACUACAGUAAUCUUCCAAACUCUGAUUUAUACUAUACAAAAAAUGUACAUCACACUUAGGUGCAGACAAAUUUAAAAUAGAAACCUUUGAAUUCGCGUGAUUUGACCAAUAGUCGUAAAGAUUAGGUAAUUUUUGAUUGUUAGACUGAAAUGGCAAGUCGAUAGUCGCGUUAAUUAAAUGCUAGUAUUUCGAGAUUUUGAGCAGUUUCUAGAAUAUCAACACCUAAGCUUCUAUCUUUGCUAACUAAGACUUUUCAGGAAAGAUGGAGCUUCCAACAAAUGCGUUGGAUUCAACCCCUUAGCUACGAACGUCAAGGGAAAGAAGUUCCACCAUUUGUCCAUGAUCUUGAUGCACUAAACGUCAUUGUAGCGCCCGAGCGUGUUUUACAAUUAAGCCUAAAUGCUAAAAUAAUUCUUAUAACACCUUAUUUUUGUAUAAAUAUUUGAAUUCUUGUAUAUGUUAUUUAUAUUCCUUAUUACAUAAAAAUAAAAUCCUAAUAUUUAAAAUAAAAGUACGGAAUACGUAAAAGUGGAUUCCGCGGAAAUUCUUUAGAAUUAAUUGCAGCGAAACAUCAACCCUUAAAUAGAAUUACCACAGACACCUUAUCUUAAAUUUUUGAAACCUUAAUCUGAUUAUGAGUCAAUUUAAACAUAUGUGCGUGCCCAAAACCCAUAUCGAUAUUGAACUAUUAUCUAUUAUUGAAAAUAAAAAUAACUUAACAGCCAGUGGCAGGUAACACAAAAGUAUCUGAAAAUAGCGAAUAAAACAAUUUUCAUUUAUUGGCUAUUAUCAGGCAAUGUACCUAUAAUGCUAUGUGCCUAUAAGAACUUAAUAUUACGAAUUUUUUAAUUUUCUUUACAAACCUAUGUUAUACCAUCUGUCGAAUAUAUUUAUCACACGGUAAUUGCCACAGUCAUUUAAAUUCUUUGUAAAAAUUGCAUUUUUUUUAAUUAUCAUAAACGUUAAAGGACAUAACAUACUUACACACAUAUACAUGAGAGCUCUCGAUCUCUUUGAAGAGCGCGAUCAGUUAACACUUUCAUGCCUAAUAAGACAUUUAAUGCACGAUAUACGUCAAAUACAGAUGUAUACACUUAAAAAAAAUGGCCAAAGUUCAAAGUCAAUUCAGGUUAAUAGUCAUUUGAAAUGUCAACAACUUCGAGAGUUACCCAUCGUGUCCCAUAGUACCCCCGCAUAAAGGUGGGACGUUCCAAAAUUAUUUAAAGCAUUGAUGGCUUAUUUAAGAGAUUAAGAAAAACAACACUGUCAAAAAUAGAAAAACGUCAAAAUUUCAAACUAGUUUGUUUUGUCAAAAUAAUGCUAAUAGCAUAACGAUCGUGUUUUAUGCUAACAGAAUCACCGUAGUACUGUACAGGCAUUCUGUUAAAUGGCCAGAGAUGCUAACGUAAUGUACUGACAACUACAUGACACGGAUAUAUAGAAAAAAUGCCUUUUAUUCCUUAUAAAUUAAAAGUGAAUUCCUGAAUCCUAUACCUAAAGGUACUAAAUUUCUACAAAAAAUGGCAGUAAAGCUAUCAUUAUACCGGUUUCCUAAACUAAUUAGUAACAUUUUGAAAGCAUGAAUUUUGUAAAACUUUAACGAAUUUUUGAUUAACAAACUUGAAGAUUUCAAAGCGAGGAACAGCAACACUGUACGGGAAAAAAAAAAAAAAAAAAAAAAAAAA